AAUGUUUAAAAAAAGUUUAAGAACAUGGAACAUAAAAACGAUUUUUAUUUGACGUUUUGAAUUAUUUUGCUUGAGCAGGGUCGAUUCAUUUGCAUUUUAUUUUAGUUUAUAGAUAUGGAUUUCAAUACUACAGGAGCGAUGAGAAGUCCGUUCUCGCCCCGGGUAAGACAGUCCAUUUCAGGGCGAAGGCCUGGCGGCCUAUCUUCCUUGAAAAAAAGCCAAAGUAAAUUUAUGCAGUCACAAAGCGAACAAACUGGCGAUGUGAUCUAUAAAACUCCAUCGAUGACACUAGAAACGUACGGGGCACCUAUGCCAGUGAUGGUCACAGAGGCUCUUGCGUUCGCAAGUGGAGACAUCUCAGUGCGCCUCUCGACCUGUGGCUGGUGUUGGGUAGUGUCUGGUCGUCGCAUCCUGGCUUGGGAGCAAUCUCCAAUAGAUACUGAUGAAGAUCCAGCCAAUGUGACUGGCAUAUCAGCUGCUCGAGAGCUCACAUUACCUCAAACAGAUUUAGCUCACAAGGCUGAUUUAGUUGUACUGUUUUAUGGAAAUGACUCUCAGAUGCCAUCCUGUAUUGGAGUUUCACCUGAGGGUGUGAUUCGCUACUGGCCCUCAGUAGGACAAGAAGAGGUUUAUGUAGAUGUAACAUGUGAACUAGCAGGUCAAGAGUGUGAGAAACUAGGAGAUUACACCAGCUCUGGCCUCAUACUGGCUACUACGACUUGUACCGUGGUGCUAUUGACUCCUACUGUUCUUGAUGGAAGAGCAACAGUGACUUGCUGCACUUUACGUCCACCGAGUGGUUGGCUAGGAGGUAUAGGACGACGUGUAUCACUGUUGUUCUUUGGAUCUAUGCCUGCACACACAGAUACGCGGCUGGUGGGUGCGGUGUGGGCGGGGGACUGCGUGUGGCUGGUGGCUCGCGGGCCAACGCUGCAGGUGUGGCGCCCUCCCGCGCUGCUGCACCACCACUCGCUGCGGGGCCCGCUGGCGCUCGCCGCGCGCCCGCAUCUGCAGCCUCACGGUGACUUGAACAGCUUGGAGAUAAUGGCUCUGGAUGUGCAGGCCAGUGGGAACGAUGGCUUCUUGCUACUAAUCGCAGCAGUUAAUGUAACGAGGUCACCGGAAAUGAGAUAUGCUAUUGCUCACAUCAACGUAGAAGAUCCAUCGUCUCCUCGUGUAAGUUCAUUUGUUCCUGUCCGGAAUUUUCCUCAGGAAGCGGAUGAGCCUCCGCGGCUUUUGCCCUUCGGAAACAAAGCGUUAUUGUAUACAUCCAAAUACAUCGCUUUGAUUUCACUAGCAGCCACGACGGACGCUGAAGUUGUGGAGGCGGCCAGUGGAGACCGCGUGCUCAGCGCCGCGCGCUCCCCGCACGGACCCGCGCUGUUCACCGCCGCGCACGGCCUGCUCGCACUGCGUCUGCACUCGCACGCCGCAGCUGCAUGUGACAGUCCGAUCGGCUCCUCGAGUCAAGCUGACAUGUAUGAAGGAAAUUUAUCGCUGUACGAAAUUGAUCCUUGCGAGAUGAGCGCGGUGGUGACGGACGCGUGCGGGAAACUGAAGACGGCCUUCCUGUUCCACCUGCGGCGGGACUUCACCUCGUGCCGCGAGCUGCUGGACGAGCUGUUCCCGCCGCCCGGCCAGCACGCGCCGCAGGAGCUCGACGUGGACGCGCCCCUGGACCGCACCGUGCUCGCCGUGGCCACCGAGACGCUGGACGACAUGCCCGCGGGGGAUCCUAGGUGGAAGCGCUCGAGCGGACAGCCCACCCACAUCCCGCUGGGCAGCUCCACGGCGCUGCAGAUAGAAGCCCAGCUCCUGGACAAGCAGAGAGCGCUGGCACUCUUCUUCGACUUCCUGAGAGCGACCGGCCUGUGGCAGAGGUUGGGCCUCGUCACUGUAGAGGACGAGGGCGUGGCCAGCACCACGAGCGCGCUGUGCCAGGCCUGGGAGCGCGUGCGCGGCGCCGCGGCCCUGCGCCGCCUGCAGCGGGGGACCCACGCCGCCUUCAUAGACUCCAUUAUAUGUGAGGCGGUGCGCGGCUGGCAACACCGCGAGGAGGAGAGCGUGCACGCGGCGCUGUCCAGUGGCGCGCUGUCCCCGACGGACGCGUGCUACCGUCGCGUGUCCCGCCUGCCAGCCGUGCUGCUGAUGCUCACCCGGCCCGUGCCGUCCGACCGCCCGGCGGCGCUUGCCGUGCUUAGUGGCGUGCUAUCGGAGAUGCUGAAGGCUCGCAAGUCGUGGCAGAACGUGUCGCCGCCCCCGCUGGGCUCCUCGGCGCUGCUCACCCCCGCGCUGCACCUCAUCAGGAAGAGUCUCACUGAAUUCGAGAACAAGGGGGGCGAUGCGACGCUGCGCGCGCAGGUGUGCGAGGCGGCCGCGGGGCUGGCCGACGUGCUGCUGGCCGGCGCGCAGGCCUCCCCCGCCUACCCCGCGCUGCGCACCGACCUCAUCCGCCCCUUCGUGGAGCAGGGGGAGCCGGAGCGCGCGGCGGCCCUGGCGGAGAAGUACCAGGAGUUCUCCGUGCUGGUGGAGCUGUGCGUGUCGGGCGGCGACACGGCGCGCCUGUGCGACUACGUGGACCGGUACAGCGACCGCGGUAUGGCGGAGGUCGCGUACGAGUGGAUGUCGCGCAAGGGUGGCGCCGCCGCCGCCGCCCUCGUCAGAGGCGCUGGGGGCGGAGCCCGGCUGACGGCGUGGCUGCGGCGGGAGCGCCCCGACCUGCUGUCGCUGCACCAGCUGCACCGCGGGGACCACGCCGCCGCCGCGCAAACCUUCAGCAGCCUCGCGCACGCUGAGACCGACAACCUCGAGCGGAUGACGACGCUGGCGUCCCUGAGCAAGCUGUGCAUGCUGGUGUCGGACGCGCCGGAGGAGGCCCCGGCGUGGGACGCCGUGCAGCGCCGCCUGGCCCUCGCCGAGCAGCACCGCGCCCUGCCCCGUGACGUCAUGCCCAGUGACGUCACGCCGCAGCGCGUCAUGCAGCCCCACGAGCUCGUCGAGGUGUACCUAAAAGCUGAGAACAAAUCGUUGACUGAAUACGACUACAAGAAGGCGCUGGACCUGACGGAGGGCGUGGAGGACCCCGAGCAGCGGCAGCGGCUGCGCCUGCGGGUGUGGUGCGCCAGCGUGCUGCGCGACGACUGGGCCGCCUGCAAGCCGGACGACCCCGCCGCCGAGCUCAUGCAGAGGACCUUCUUCAAGCUCAUAGACCUCGUCAACGUCAUGGGCGACGACCUGGACGUGCUGCUGCCCGAGCUCCCCGAGCUGCUGUCGGCGCCGGAGCUGGCCGCGCUGGCUGCGGACUCCAAGUUCCACUACCUCCUCAAGUACGGGUACGAGUGCCUCCACCAGCGCACCGCGGACCAGAGCCCUGAUGACUCUGCUUGACCCGCUGGACCUCUGAACUGAGACGAACAAAACGGGUUUUGAAUGUUCGUAAAGAUUAGUUUAUCCGCGUCGAACUCAUACUCCGACAAAUGCUCUCCAUGCGAGCACUCAAGCUGAUAAAAUCUGGUUGUGUAUGCAAUUAUAAAGUGCUUGUUGUUAACUAAAGAAACACGUACUGCGACAGGGUAUUCCACUGCAUUGUGUCAAAUCAACACAACGCCUUUAUUAUUUUAUAAAAAUAGCAAUAAAAUUCAAAUAAAUAUUAUGAUCGUCUGCGGCGCGACUUCAGUGCGCUCAAAUACCCUAACGUAGGUUCAGGUCUUGCUCCAAAGUCGCUAGGUAAAGGCUUUGAACUUUUGAAACUUUACAUUUUAAUGAUUAUCCACAUAGAAACAAAAGUACACAGAGAAUUUGGAGCAAGCCUCUGGCAACAUUAUACAAGUUCUCGAUUGGUACGCACAUGGAACUUUGAAACCACUGGACUUUGUCUCGAAGUGGUUCAAUUUAAGUGAUAAGUGUUUGUGAACGCGUGCCGGCUCCACGCUGCAUUCUAAAGCAAAUAAAUACUAUUUGCAAUUAAUUGAGUUCUCACUACCAACCCUUUUUAAAAAUCAUUCCGAACAGUCAAAACCCGUUUUAGGAAUAAUCAAGGAACACAUCAAUACGUAUUUCUUUGUUCAAAGUAGGUUAUUUUGUGAGUUUUGUUUCCGUUGAACGCAGUUAAUUCUAAGUGAUAUAGUCGGUAAGACGAGUGAUGUCCGCGGGCGCCUGCCUCCGAACGGUCGCUGAAUUACAUUUAGUCUAAAAUAUUUUAUUAACCGCUGUAGAUAUUGUUGAAUGACGUCUCGUUGUCGCGGCUGUAUGCGUGCGUGCGUGCGUGCGUGCGUGUGCGUGUGCGUACGUACGUGUGCGUGAGUGUCUCGAACUAAAUUGUUUGAUUUCAUUAUUUAAAAGACUAAUAAAUCGUAUUGAAAUUUCUAAUGACAUUAUGUUAAAAAUGGUUUUCGAACGACCUAUUGUAAUGAACAUUAGACAUAGUAUUUAAUUAAUAUAACGCUUUAGUAAUGGGACACUUAAUAUUUGUAGCUCAGUACUUUAGGUGAUGUGCCCUCAUGUAGUGUGAAUAUUUGAUGACACUCGCUUGUGUCGGUUCUAGGAAGAAUCGGUUUUGUGAAGUUUUUGGAAUUAAUGUUUGUGUCAAAUACAUGUGUACCAGUGGAGCACCGCGCGGUUGGGACUAUGAACUUGCUGAUGUCCAUGAGCCAUUAAUCCAGUGGACCAAGUCUUCGUAUGCCGGUUGAGGCACAAGGAAUAGCAACAUUAGACGUUAGGUAGCUACUUGACUCUGAUAUAGACAUUGUCAAUUUUUAAAGCAUGCGGGUAAGUAUAUAUUUUCUAAAGCGUGCUGAUUUAUCGUUAAUGUUCGCAGAACGGUAGACUCAAAAGUAAGCCAUUAUUUUAGAUUCAUUGUACUACUGAUAUUUAGUUUUAUUAGAGACGGUAAGUAACUUGUAGACAUAACUAAUACAAAAACUUCACAAACAUACUUUAGAAAUAAGAAAAAUAAUCAUAAGGAAACUAAACUCACCAUUCGAUGAUGUUCAGUCAGACUGAUUUAACUGUAAGCUAUUGUAUAAGCGGUGUUGCCACUCAUCGUAAGAGACCUAACUGAUAAUUAAAUAAUGUAGAAUCUCGCUUAAAAAAAACUGGCUGGAUAGAUUUAAAUUUAUUUUAGGUAUCUAAUUUUAAAUGGCAACACUGAAUUAAACUUUAAACUUAAUUAUUCUAAAGGUAACUGGACACGGGUUUUUGUUCAAUUUUAAAGCACUAUAUUUUCACUACAUAAGUAAUUAUCUUAGUAGACAAUACUUGUUAUAUAAUACAACCUAAUAACAUAUUUUACUGUGGUAAAUGUGAUUUUUAUUCCUAAAGUUCAGUUUUCAAAUUAAAUUGAUGUUGAAUUGAUAAUUUUAAAGCCAUCAGUAUAUUUGGUGACUUAUGACAAUGUAUUGUUUGACACAGCUGAUCAUUUUUUAUGCCAUUAAAUUGUUCCUAGAUUUAAGAAUACGUAGUUUCUAGAAAAAUAAGAUUAAAAACAAAAAAAUGUGAUUGGAUUCAGUCGUUUACUCUUCAAAUAUCGAUUAACGCAGAUAUUUGUAAUCGCCGAUAACGUAGCGUACAAAGUUGUACGGACUAUGUGCAUUAUUGAAUUUAAUUUCAAUAAAUAAAAUUAUAUCAAUAAAAAAAAGUUGUAAAUAAAAUUUUCUCAAACUCUUACAUUUAGACUACUAUAGUUGGCAUAAAUCUAGUAAAUUGUGAAAUGAUUAAUUAAUAACAACCAAACCUGUUUUUUUUUUGUGAUUUAACGUUUUAAUUAAAUAAUAAUGAAAAUAAAA